AAGAUACUACAGUAUAUGAUGACUUUGAUCUUGAUGAUUAUAAUACUCAAAAUAAUGAUGACAAAUUUGAAGAAGAAUAUAAAGAUUCAUUAAUAGAAGACCAACCAUUACUAUGUAUAGAAGAAAGUCUCAAUGGAAAAUCAGCACUAAAUAUUGAAAUUGGAGAAUACUUCACACAAAUUAAUAAUGAAAAAUAUGAUCAAAUUGACAUCAAUAGAAUUAAAAGAGAACACCUAGAAGAUUUUUAUAAAUGUUCACAUCUCUCUAAAGACA